GAACAAAGGAGCAUCAAAGGGACAUGGAGGGCAAGGGUAGUUCUUCUGCUCCCCAAUCACAUGCACACCCCGUCUCACCGCAACAUCUGUCCCUGAGCCUUCUCCCAGCAGACCUAUAAAUCCAGGCUGGCUCCUCACUCCCCACACAUCUGCUCCUGCUCUCUCUCCUCCAGCGACCCUAGCCAUGAGAACCCUCACCAUCCUCACUGCUGUUCUCCUCGUGGCCCUCCAGGCCAAGGCUGAGCCACUCCAAGCCGAGGAUGAGCCACUCCAGGCAAAAGCUUAUGAGGCUGACGCCCAGGAGCAGCGUGGGGCAAAUGACCAGGACUUUGCUGUCUCCUUUGCAGAGGAUGCAAGCUCAAGUCUUAGAGCUUUGGGCUCAGCAAGGGCUUUCACUUGCCAUUGCAGAAGGUCCUGUUAUUCAACAGAAUAUUCCUAUGGGACCUGCACUGUCAUGGGUAUUAACCACAGAUUCUGCUGCCUCUGAGGGACGAGAACAGAGAGAAAUAUAUUCAUACUUUGCUUUAUGACCUAGAAGGAAACUGUUGUGUGUCCUAUACUUUGCCAUCAACUUUGUUUCCUCAUCUCAUAUAAAGUCCUUUCAGCAA